GGUCAGUCUGAGACACGCUUUGGAAGGUGCGGUGGGGUGUGCGGGGAUCCAGGAGGGAAUAGAGCUCUCGUUGACAGGGGCGGCGGGGAGCGCAAUAUAGGGAAGGGCGGCGUAAGAAAUGUUGAAGGCGGCUUGUAGAAAACCAAAAAAAGAUGAUCCCGACAAUUGCAAAAGAAUCAAAUUGGAUUCAGAUACUACCAACCCUGUACUCAACUUCCAGAGUCCUGACAGUUUAUUUGAAAGUCUGAUCUCUCCCAUUAGUAGUGCAGAGUUCUUCAGGGAAUAUUGGGAGCAAAAGCCACUGUUAAUUCAGAGGAAUGAUCCAUCAGUAACUGCUUACUACCAGUUAUUAUUUAAGUUUGAUGAUUUAAGGGAACUCUGCAUCAAUGAUGUGUUCUACGGUCGAGAUAUUAAUUUCUGUCGCUGUAUAAAUGGUAAAAAGAAGGUUUUAAAUAAAGAUGGGAAAGUCAACUAUACACAAUUAAAGAAAAACUUUGAACAAAAGAAAGCUACAAUACAAUUUCACCAGCCACAGAGAUAUAAGGAUGAACUAUGGAGGAUCCAAGAAAUAUUGGAAUGUUUCUUCGGCUCAUUAGUUGGGUCUAAUGUUUACAUCACACCGCCAGAUUCUCAGGGUCUUCCACCUCAUUAUGAUGAUGUUGAGGUCUUUAUUCUGCAGCUGGAAGGAGAGAAGCACUGGCGUCUUUACAAACCCACUAACCCUUUAGCUCGUGAAUAUAGCGUAGAAGCUGAAGACCGGAUUGGAAGUCCAACUCAUGAGUUUAUUUUAAAGCCAGGUGAUUUGUUAUAUUUUCCCAGAGGAACGAUCCACCAGGCAGAUACCCCAGCUGGAGGUUCAUAUUCUACCCACAUUACUAUAAGUACUUACCAAAACAAUAGCUGGGGAGAUUACUUACUAGAUGUGAUUCCUUGGCUAGUGUAUGAUUCGAUGAAAGAAAAUCUUGAGCUGUCCAGAGGCCUACCUAGGCAAUAUCUUAUGCAGAUGAAUUCAGGAGCAAAUCCAGUAAAGAAACUGAGUGGAUUCCUACGAGGAUUGGCAGAUCAGAUAGAGAAUGGAAAAGAAACCAGAUCAUCAGAAAUGAGAAAGGAUUUUAUUUUAAACAGGUUACCUCCGUAUGCAAGCAAGACAUUGGGUUGUUUAACACAAGUUGGAAAACUGCCCAAACUUAAUGAUCAAAUCAGAUUAAGGUUUAAAGACCAUGCCAUGAUUUUGCUUGAACAUGAUCAAGAAAGGAUGGAUGAAUCUCGAGAAAUGAUGGUGUACGUUUAUCAUUCUCUAAAAAAUAGCCGAGAAAGCCACAUGAUGGGGGCUGAAAACAAAGAAGAAGAAUGUUUUCAGGCCCAUGGCUUGAAAUUUCCUUCUUCUCACUUGGAGGCACUGAAACAGCUUUGGUUUGAUGAUGCCGUUUUUGUACGAGACCUUAAAGUAGACUCUAAUGAAGCAAAAGAAAAUCUUGCAUUGUGUUUGUGGACAGAAAAUUUAAUAGAAGUGCAGUGAAUUGUCGUAUGAAUUGGCUCACUGUAGCUUUAGUGCUCUUUAACUGUGUCAUUAAAAACAUGGAAAUGAUAUUGUUUAUUUUGUGGAAUGUUACAGCACAAAUACCAAGAUUUUAUGCCAUGUGGAGGAAAUAAAUUAAUAUUCAUAUAUGA